UAAUAAAUGGAUUUUCUAUGAGAAAAUCAGUCUCGGUGUGUAAAUGUGUAUCAUAAUGUUUUGAUACAAAAAUCAAAAAAAAACUUGGCUGCAUUUAUUUUAAUCAACGCAAAAAUGAGUCAAAACAUUGAUGAUAGCCCUAACUCAGAAACAGAAAAUAAUAUAAUGGACAUAUCAGAACAGACAACAAUAUCUCAGGAAUCAUUUGGUUUAUCACCAGAAAUGGAACAGAAAACGAACUCAACGGCUGCAUCGGAUUCGAUUGGAUUUUCGGCCACAUCGAAAAUUGGCAGCAUAAACCAAAUACCAACAACGACAAAGACGAAGAAGUCAUCAUCGAUGACAACAACAACACAACUAGCUGCAGACCGUAAUUCGUCUCUAAGUAAUGUAAAAUCGCAUACAUCGAAUAGAAACUACUCCAAUUCUGAUCAGCAUGACAAUAAAUUUGAAGAUAGUUCCUUAGACAAUCGCAUACUAGUCAAUACAAAUUCAAUAAAACAACGGAUUGGCAUGACAUUGGUCGAUAUGCAUCCGUUGAUGGUGAAAAGCGGCAACGGUGGCAAUGGUUGUAGUGAUGGCAUCGAUGAUGAUGAUGAUCUAUCACCCGAUUCAUCAAACACAUUCGAUGGAACGUGCAAUAAUUCAUUUGUAAAUACGAGAAGUGAGUCACCAAUGCAUGUGUCUCCUACGCAACAACAACAACAACAACAACACCAACGCAUUGACACAUUAUGUUUGCCAUCUAAAGCCAAAGAGCAUCUAUUUACUGAUAAAUCACAUUUGAGCAGUGGCGAAUCGGAACCAGAUGUUUCACAAUAUCAGGCAUCCGUUGAGCCAACAUUUCAAUCGGUAACAUUAACCAAUUAUAACACAGGUAAACAAACAACAAUAAAUACGCCAUCAAAAAUGGGCAACCAACGAAAAAUCCCAUUGACCACUGAAUUGAUGUCAACCAAAGAAGAUGACGACUCAUCGGUUGAAACAAUAUCGAAUAAUAGUUUUGAUGAUGACGAUAUUGAAGACGAGGAUGGUCUAAGUUUUAAGGAAACCAAAAGCAAUAGUCAACCAGCAUCGAAUCAUGAAUCGGUUUUAACUAGUGUAAGUGCAAAUGUUAUGCAAACGUCUGGCAUUUCGGUCACAUUGCCAAAUGGUCAAACAAGAGAUAUUGAUAUGAAAGUGAUUGAACCAUACAAACGAUGUCUAUCGCAUGGUGGAUACAUUAAACCACCGGGACAUAAUGCCAUCGUUAUUUUUAGUGCAUGCUACCUACCAGAUCGAUCAAGAGCCGACUAUCAUUAUGUGAUGGAAAAUUUAUUUUUGUAUGUCAUUAAAACAUUGGACCAGUUUGUGACUGAAGAUUAUAUUUUGAUUUAUUUGCACGGUGGAUCGAAUCAUACGGUGCCGCCAUUGCCAUGGCUUAAAAAAUGCUAUCAUCUAUUGGAUCGACGAAUCAGAAAGAGCUUAAAGAAUUUGUAUAUGGUUCAUCCAACAUUUUGGCUAAAAUCUGUCGUUUGGAUGGCAAGACCGUUCAUCAGUUCGAAAUUUUGGCGUAAAUUAGUCUAUAUACGAACACUUGAUGACCUUUAUCAAAUUAUACCUGUAGAAAAAGCAGCAGUACCGGACAAAGUGAAGCUAUACGAUCGAAAACAUUCAUAAAAAUGCCAAACAAACGAUGGCAACAUCACAAUAUGAAUAGCCUAAAGUGUAAUCUUUUGAUUUUCUUUUAUUUGUUCGUCCUGUGUACUGUGUUCUGUGAAAACAUAGAACAUCGAUUUAAUCUCAGCUGCUGACCGUUUUAACGGUUAGCAGAUGAAAUAAAGAUGAUGUUUUGAAUCUUUCUUUGUUGUAUUGUGUUGUAAGAUUUGCACGGCGAUUUAGAAAAUGUGUAGAUGUAAGGAUUCACAUUUGGAAAAUGUCACAUGCUUUAGAAUCAAAACCACAUCACAUUAUCAAUAUUUGAUCUGAUCCAUACAACCGCUUCGGAAGUGAUUUUUGGUAAUUCAUUACAGUAUUAACUAUCGUUAAUAGAUUCAUGCAAUAAUAUUUAUUUUGUACAUAUAUACAUAUUUAUUUAUAUCAUUUAUUUUUCGUGUAAUUGGAAGUGUAAGUUUGUAAAUAGAUUUCAUGAAUUAGUAGAUUGAAGCGAACAAAAACGAAAAUUUCCAAGUUCUAUGUAUUUCUUUUUCAUAUCAUAAAUAUGAGAAUCGUAUUAAAAUGACAUACCACAAAAACAAAAGAUUAUAGUGCAAUGCCUCCCCAGAUGUUCCAUGUAUGCAUUCAAAAAGUGAACCCAAUAAUGAUAAUAUUAAUAUUAAUAAUAAUAACAAUAAUAUGUAGCGUAAUUUGUUGAUUUAUCCUUCAAACAGAAAAUUAUUUAAACAAUCACACACAUAUUACUAUGAAUCUGUUUUCUCCUUCUAAACCAAUUGUACUUAAAAACAAAAAGAUCUCUAUUUAUUUAUACACAUAUUAUUCUCUAAGAAAUGAAAACCCAAAAUGCGAAUCAAAAAUGAAGCUUUGCAUACAAAUUACCAUCAAAUCUUAUUUAAUAAAUUAUUUUGUUGUUGAAAAUCAGAACUAAAAUGAAAAUUGUAUUUAAACUAUAUAUAGAAUCCGAAUGUAUGUACUCUUUUCAUAACUGUGAGAAGAAGUGAAAUGAAAAAUGAAUAAAAAAAAACCAAAAUGAAAAUAACCGGAAGUAAAACAAGAAUAAAUAAAUUAAUUUUAAUUAUCUUUCGAAACUAA